AGCGCAUCGGGGCGUUCAAAGUCCGCGGAGCCUUCCAUGCGAUCCAGCGAUUGAUUGAAGAGCAAGGCCUCGACGAGGUGAAGAGGAGAGGCGUCGUGACUCACAGCUCUGGUCCGUAUGCCUUUUAAACCAACAUCCUUCGAACCUUCUCCAGGAUUUGUGCUAACGUGUGCGAUUCGCUCGGGACAAUAGGCAACCACGCGCAAGCCCUCGCCCUCGCCGCAAAGACAUUCGACGUCCCCGCCCACAUCGUCAUGCCCACGAUAUCCACACCGUCCAAGAUCGCCGGCACCCAAGCUCAAGGCGCAAACGUUCAUUUCAGCGGCUCGACCUCGCAGGAGCGUGAGGCCGUCGUGGCCGAGGUCAUCAAAGCGACUGGCGCGACAUUGGUGCCGCCUUAUGACCACCCGGAUAUCAUCCUCGGACAGGGCACAAUGGCGUUGGAGCUGGAGACACAAGUCGAGCAAUUAAUAAAGCAGAACGAGAGCUUAUUUGUGCGCUCCAAGAAGAAGGGAUUGGAUGCGGUGAUAACGCCAUGUGGAGGAGGCGGCAUGCUGAGUGGAAAUGCGGUUGCGCUCCACGGUACUGGUAUUAAGGUUUUCGGUGCCGAACCUAGCUUUCAAGGUGGAGAUGACGCUAGGAGGGGUGUCGAAGCUGGGGAGCGCAUAACCUCCGUCAAGACACUCACAAUUGCGGAUGGGUUGCGAACGCCGCUUGGUGAUUGGACAUGGAAGAUCGUGUCGGAUAAAUCGCAUGUUGCUGGGUUGUAUGCCGUGACAGAGCAGAACAUCCGUGAUGCCAUGAGGUUAGUAUUAGAGAGGAUGAAGUGUUUUGUUGAGCCGAGUGCAGUCGUCGGACUCGCGACGAUAUUGUACAACGAAGAUUUCCGGAAAAUGGUUGAGCGUGAGGCUGGGGAUGAGGGAUGGAACAUCGGUGUCGUCUUCAGCGGAGGGAACACCACUAUCGAGGCCAUCACGAAGAUCUUUGCGCCCGUUGAUGAAGGCAAAGCGGAAAGGGAGGAGGGCGUAGUCGGUAGUGAUGGGGCGAAGGUCGCUGAAAAUGUAGCCGGAUAGUCUAUUUCCACCUCGAAACCCCAUAGAUAAUUACAAGCUCUCUUUGUGCAAAGCCUCAGUGUAUACACAGCAGGAGAGGUAGGUCUGCUGGCACUUCCUCGAAUGUACCUUCCAACCAUUCCGUGGGUUCGUGCAUCAUUACGCCCGUCCCUCAAACCCAUCCUCCAAAAUCUUUAUCAGAUCGUCC